AACUUGCUUUUAUUUAAAACGAUCAACCAAAUGUUACGAACAUAUAUUUAACACGAAAAACUAUCACUACGAUGGAUAACAUCGUCUGUAGAGCAUAGUUUUGCUUCAGCGAAGACCCGGUGACGUACGGUCGAGAUCAUCAUGGCGGCCUCGAAAAUCGCAAUUUCACUGUCUACCGAUCUGUAGGCACCUCGGUUCGCUCCAAAAGUUUGCCUAUAUGCAGAAGCUAUUGCGGCGAUAGGAGGAGUAAAAUAUUUACCACACACUGCGGAAAAACAAGCAAUUGUUGAAGUUAAAGUUGAUAGCAUCAUACUACGACGGAUCAAGCACACAUUGAGCCGGUUCGAAUCGAGCCGUAUUUCAUUCGAUGGAGUGACGCCACAAAGUGAACCGAGGUACCAUUCUGACAGACCAAUCAAAACCUUGUGACUGAUAUUUUGUUGUCAUACCCGGAGAACUUUAAUUUGAUAGCAAUGGAACCAGAGCUGCUUGAAAUAUUGUGCAAGCAGUUCUAUGAAUCCCGGGAUGCCCAACGACGGGUGGAGGCAGAAAAGGUGUUGUACCACUUCCAGGAUGACCCUGAAGCACUCUCGAAGUGCCAAACGUUGUUGGACAGGGCGAACUCGAGCUUCUCGCAGCUGUUUGCCACGACCAUCCUGACCAAGUUGGUUACGAAGAACAUACAAGUCCUGAGAAUGCAGCAGCGAGUUGACAUACGGAAUUACGUGCUUAAUUAUUUAGCUACCCGUCCGAAUCUGCAGCCGUUCGUUAUUCAAGCCUUAAUAUCGCUGCUGGUCAAAAUAACGAAGCUCUGCUGGAUCGACAUGUACGAGCACGAAUAUGUAUUCCAAAACAUCCUGCAGGAUGUGAAAGAGUUUUUGGGUGGUUCGGUAGAACACUGCGUAAUAGGAGUACAAAUUCUGUCGCAACUGACAGUGGAGAUGAACCAACAAUCGGAAGCGGCAUGCAAUCUCACCUUUCCCAAGCACCUUCGCAUUACGAGCCUGUACCGAGAUAAAAUGCUGUACGACAUCUUUAUACUGGCAUGUACGCUGCUCAGUCAGGCAAAGGAUAGCGUUUGCAAGAACCAAAACUGUCUCGAUGAAGCCCAACAAGGACUGUUCACCCAUCUGCUCGAGCUAGCGCGGAACUGUUUGAGCUACGAUUUCGUCGGUGCCACCGCCGAUGAGUCGUCGGAUGAUAUUGCUACUGUGCAGAUUCCGACCAAUUGGCGGCCGGCUUUUUUGGAUUCGGAAUCCGAUUCGCUGAAGCUGUUCUUCGAUCUGUACCACAUGCUGCCAACGCAUUUAUCUAGCCUGGCACUGUCCUGUCUGGCCCAGAUUACAUCGAUUCGGCGUUCCAUCUUUAGCAACUCGGAGCGAAUUAAGUUUCUCACCAAGCUGGUGAAGGGAGCCACCGACAUUCUCAAAACAUCGCACGGAUUAAGCGAUCCCGAAAACUACCACGAGUUCUGCCGGCUGUUGGCUCGCUUAAAAUCCAACUAUCAGCUCAGUGAGCUAGUAAUAGUGGAAAACUAUCCGGAAGCAAUUCAGCUGAUAGCCAAGUUUACGGUACAAUCCCUGCAGAUGUGGCAAUCGGCACCGAAUAGCAUUCAUUAUCUGCUGUCGCUAUGGCAACGAUUGAUUGCGUCCCUUCCGUACGUGAAGUCGCCGGAACCGCAUUACCUAGAAACUUACACACCGGAAGUGACGAAAGCGUUCAUUACCUCCAAACUGGACGCCGUCCCUGUGAUUGUUCGCGAAGGGCUCGAAGAUCCGGUAGACGAUACGGAUAUGGUGCAGCAACAGCUGGAACAAUUUGCUACCAUUGGUCGCUGUGAAUACGAUAAAACCUGUGCGCUGCUGGUGCAGCUGUUCGACCAAACGGCCAAUCGCUACCAAGAGAUACUGUCCAGCCCAUCCGCGGCAAAUCAUAUCGAUUUGCAAAUUUGCGAAGGACAGCUCACGUGGUUAGUGUACAUCAUUGGUGCAUCGAUCGGUGGCCGCAUCGCAACACCUUCGUUCGACGAUCAUGACGUGCUGGAGUGUGACAUUAUUAUACGAGUGUUGCAGCUGAUGACGCUAACGGAUUCGCGGCUGCCCCAGUGUGGCUGUGAGAAGCUGGAACUAGCCUUCAUGUACUUUCUAGCACAUGUACGCAAGAUCUACAUCACGGAGCACAUGCAGAAGCUGAAAAUGUUUCCCCGCUUGUCCGAGAUAUUGGGUGUAAGCGACGAUGAUAUGACCAUGCUAACGGUCACAAGCCGUAAGAUCAUAACAAAUCUUAAAUAUUUAGGCAACUCGGAACCGGUGCUACGAAAGACGCUUGCAUUGCUAAACGAUCUUACCUUAAUCUGCUCUUCCGUGCGAAAGCUCAUAAAACUAGACGAGAUCCAGUUUAUGCUGAACAAUCGUACGCGUGAACACUUUUCGUUCCUAGGUUCUGGUACGGUAGCAGCUACACGCUGCCGCAGCAUGUUUUACACUUGUCUAGGCCGUUUGCUGAUGAUGGAUCUCGGGGAAGAUGUCGAACGGUUCAACACAUUCAUGAUGCCGCUAACGAAAACGAUCGAGAACAUAAUAAUGAUGAACUUUCCCAGUGAAGAGGCAAAGAAGGAGCUGAUCGGAUUGUCGCGUGAUUUGCGAGGAUUGGCAUUAGCGUUCAAUGCUAAAAUGCCCUACAUGAUGCUUUUUGAUUGGAUCUAUCCGGACUAUUCGCCUAUUUUAAUUCGUGCCGUGCAAAUGUGGGCCCACGAUCCUACAGUUACGACACCAGUGCUGAAAUUGUUCACCGAACUAGUCUACAACCGAUCGCAGCGUUUGCUGUUUGAUGUGUCUAGUCCAAACGGCAUCCUGCUGUUCAGAGAAACGUCCAAGUUGAUCUGUUGUUACGGUGAAAGUAUGCUAUCGCUAAAUGUGCCCAGCGAGCAGAUGUACCCGAUGAAGCUGAAAGGCAUUUCGGUGUGCUUUCAAAUGCUGAAACAAAUCCUCAGCGGAAAUUACGUUAAUUUUGGCGUUUUCAAGUUGUACGGAGACAACGCGCUGGAUAACGUGCUUAACAUGACCGCCAAGCUGAUAUUGACCAUCCCGCACGAGGAUAUACUAGUUUACCCGAAACUAUCGCUAUCUUACUACACGCUUAUACAGUGCUUAGCCCAGGAUCACAUCUCAUACCUGUCCACACUGGAACCACCGCUAUUUUUGUACAUUCUAGAAAGUAUAUCCCAAGGAUUGAAUGCAUUAGAAACCGUAAUUUGUUCAUCUUGUUGCCAAACGCUGGAUCACAUUGUGACGUACAUUUUCAAACAGCUGCAACUGAAUGUUUCUACAUUUCCGAACAAAAAACAUCGCCAGGCAGUUCCGCCGGAAAACAACAUGUUUUUGAAGGUGAUGGAAUUGCAUCCCGAAAUCCUGCAGGGCCUGCUAUCGACCAUGAUGAACAUAGUUAUGUUCGAAGACUGUAAACAUCACUGGUCCAUGUCCCGUCCGUUGCUCGUGUUAAUACUGUUGUACGAGGAUUGCUUUCGUCGAAUUCGCGAAACAUUCAUCCAAUCCCAAACCGUGGCAAAGCAGCAAAACAUAGCGCGACUUUUCGAUUUACUGAUGGAUGGUAUCGAACGAAACCUGCUCAUUCAAAACCGGGAUAAAUUCACACAAAACCUAUUGCAGUUCCGCCGAGACGUUAAUGCAUCUCUUAAGAUUUCUCCGCAGCCAAACUCAACGGCAAACGAAAUGGACGAUUAAAACGAGGAGGAACAGCACUUGGUCAGUGUUGCAGAACAGUUAUACAUCGCAUUGACAGAGCCACAAGAAGAGAUACAAGAACGGAACAAUGUUAUCAUGUUUGAUGUUUAGUUGCUGUACAAGAAAUGAAUAGGAAAGCUACACACACGUACGGGCACCGUAGCACAAGGAAAAUGAUUACGAUUAACAUAUGGCGCAUAAAAGGUUCAGCGUAACACACGCAGCACUGAAAUGAAAUCGUCGUCGCCAACCGGCAGGGAAAUGUUGACCUUUUUGGUACCAAAAUCAUAAAGAGUGCGGCAUACAACGCACCUAGAGAGACAGGGAGAGAGUGCGUAACUAUUAACAGAAUAACGGUUUAACAGCCGCGUAAAAGAGAAGAUGAGCAGCGAACACGAAGUGGAAGUAAAUUAUUGUUCUGUUUCGUGUCAUGGCCUGGCACUUCCUUUAAAGUUUUUAUCGUCUUUAUGCGGUAGAAAAAAGGAAACUUGUGAAACCAUAUGAGUAAAGUUGUUGUUCCAAUAUCGGUGGUGUACUUGGCUACUUCUUCUACCACCGCUACGAAGCGCCAAUCACCGCGAGUUGGUUUUGUGUGAUCUGUGAGUACGGUUGCGUGUUUCACAUUUUUUAAAUUCCAUUUUUUAAUUAUUUGCAUACUACUGGAAUGGCUGCACAUUCCUGUUUUUUUUUCUUUCUUCACUUCUAUAGUAUACAUAAUUUAGGAGCAAUGCAUUACUAUCCUUAUAUCGCGAAAAAUCGAAAAUCGAUCGGAGCCGUGAAAUAAGGAGCUCGUGUAAGCGCAUGCUAAUAAGUCGCUUUCAUUAGUGUGUACUUUUUUUGUAUCGUGUAUAACCGUAAACUACUGAUCGUGUUUGAUCGUUUCAGUUCUUAUUUAACCAUUACCAUUUGGUUCCAAUCAUGAUCAUCACUUCGUAAGAUCAUCUCACUUUUUCUUCUACCAGAGUGAAACAGUUUAUGGUUUAGUAAUGAAAUAUUUCCGGUCAGCUAUCUGCGGAACAGCCAAGUUCCAUGCUGUGAAUCGUACAGCGUGCGCAUGUAUAGUGGGGGUACGGACGGUCAAUGGAAAUAAUCGACAGUGUCAGUAGUGUACACAGCAAACAUUGACUGAGGCACUAUUAACAAAGGAUAACAACAGGACGAAGAAAAAAAAACAAGAAGAUAAACACUAGCGCAAACGAUCGAAUAAUCUGGAAUUGGAUUCCAGUUGGAAGG